UUGAUAUGCCCGACCCACAUUGUUGAACCGGGGCCACUGUUACACGAUUUACUAUUCCGUGUUGACUGACGCCAGUCCAAACCAGGCCAGCUGUGUCCGUGCAUCAUGUGACGUCGCCGCAACAAGACACGUCAAAUGCCGCAGAGGAAAAUGUAAAUAGCAGGCAUGUUUCUCGUCUUAUUUUGUCUGUUUCAAGUGGAUCGGAGCGUCGGAUAGGUCGAGGCAUAACGUGAGGGCCUAAUAUCGUUGUGGACGCAAUUACUGUGGAUAGGCACUACGGUAAGUAAGUGUACUCACAAGUGUGAGCUAAUGCUAGUUGGAUAGCACAACAUUGAGGCGCAGCGAAGCCACCGAGCAGCAGAGCGUCAGCCGACCAUCACCUCCGUCAACCCCGGACCGAUUUGACGCCGGGCACGCAUUGGGGAUUGAUGUUCGGCGAAGGACACCGUCUUGGGAAUUUUGAAGAUGGAAGAGUCUCUUGACUUGAAACACUUUUUAAAGUGUGGCGUCACUUUGGAGGGUUCGUUUCUCUGAUUUGGAUUAUUCUUGGCCAAGCAACGUCCGCAGGCCCACUAAUCCUAGACGAGUUUCUCAAUGGACUCUCUGCUCAAGUCAGAAAUCAGAGACGAAGGAAGCGGAGCCUCGGUAAAGGUGGAGGGCCUUUCUAAGGCAGCUCUCAUCAAAAGCCUAUCUCCUAGAGUUAUGCUGUCCAACCAUCUCUUGCCUAAAGGGACCAAGAUGAAGGUCAACCUGGAGGAUCAGAGUCGUCAGAAAGUGUCCUUCAGCUUCGCGCAAACCAAGAAGCCACUGCACAGCAUUUUCGUGGUCCCUUCCAGCCCUGAAAAGUCUGACACUGAAGCUCCCGCUGCCUCAUCACAGCCCAACGUCGACAAAGCUUUUGACGGUAAAAAUGAACAAAACCAGGUUCAAGCAGUUCCCAUUCCAACGGAGCAGACUUCUUCCCAAGUCCCGAACUUUGCUGCUAAACUGAAAAUAGACUUGGCAAAGAUGCAUUUCAAGAAGCAAAUACUCAGUGUGUCCGUGACGAGAGAAAAACUAACGUCUAUUUUUCGGGAGGAGACGCCCACCUCUAAUUUGCUGGUUUUGCAGAAACCAAAUAACAGCGAAACCAAUUUGCCAUCUUUGCAACAUCAGAAUCCUGUAAGUGUCUGCUCUUCUGAGGAUUCCAACCAUCAGUCCUCUGACAGCCGGACCGUAUCAAGUGUCGACAAACCUGCUGCAUCCUCAGGAAAAGACGAAGAGAAUUCCAGUAAUGAGCAGGAUAAAAAUGUAUACAAAAGGAAAACCAGGUCGCAAACUGACAGGCGAACUGAGCCUGAAGAUCCAGUCCCGAUGUCUUCCAGACGCAAAUCAGUCGACACCAAAAGUAAAACAAAUUCAGAAAGCGGUAGCAAAACCGUAACAAAAAGAUCUCCGUCUCGGUCCCGAGGGGCAGAAAAGGAGAAAAGUUCAUUGAAACGAUCCGAGAAUCACGAAAGAUCAUCUAGCUAUACAAAAUCGGACCGGGAUUCUCGAUACACAUCGUCGCGUUCGCUGCGAUCAAACAAAGAUCGCAGGAGAUCCAGAUCAAGGUCGAGAUCAAGAUCCAAAUCUCGAGGCACUCGAAACAGUUCAUCCCACCCAAGAUCAGAAAGAUUGAGGGGGGAUAGAGGCUCCCGCUCGGAAAGGUCUUAUUACCAUGAGUCCGAUCGCAGAUCGUACCGGAGUUCCCCACGAAGGGACCGACGGCGAUCUCGUUCUCGCAACGACAGAACCCGCGACAGUUCUGACUCUGAAGAUGACCACCGCAAGACGAGGACAAGGACAAGCGACUCCAGUCGAUCAUCCACCUAUUCAAAGUCCUCGUCCUACUCUAAAUCGGACAAAGCAUCGAAAUCUACAGAUUUGCCGCUUUCGUCGGAGUCAGCGAAAAGAGGUCAAACAUCUUCAGUGUCAGAAAGGACUACGUCAAAGCGACAGGCAAACUCUGACCCCCAGCGCAAAUGCUCCCCUGGUGUAGAAACCAGAAAUUAUAAAACUAACACCCAUCACGCACAAGACACCAACAGCAAAUCCAAUUCUUCCGCUCAACAUGUGGAUAGCGAAAAACAAGAAUGUGAAAAUCGCCUGAAAGGCGGCUUCAGCGACAACGAGGUUGAUCAAAGGAAGAAAUCACAGGCCACCUCGUGCAAAAAAGAGGAAAUGAGUCUGUUGGACUCUAAACCCAACGCUUGCUCCAGAUCGUCAGAGGAAACCAACGCGCUUAACAGACAAUCGGAAGACCAAUAUCAGACCCCCAAUGACGAAUCAAAAUUUGAAACUACCACAAAACCAAGUUUGCUCGGUGACCAGGAAAAAAAUGGUUUUCAAAAGAGAACUCAAGAUGACCACCAGGUUAGCGAGUUGAGUGAGACGCAAUGUAACAGAUUGGACGGACCAAAAUCAAGUCUCGAGGCGGAGAAAGAAAUUGCGCUAGCUAAAAGCUCAAUGGCGCAUGUCAAUGUCUCUCUUGAAACGGUAAACAAUGUGAAGGAUUGUCUUUCUGCUUUGAAUGCCCCAACUGAAAGUAUAUUCAGUAGUUGGGACGUUAUCGAGUGCAGUAUAGAUGUGAAACACGUCGACUCUACUCAAGGUUCAACGCCUCUACCUAAUAAAAUGAACAUAGCUGCCGCAUCUGAUACUCAGACCUGUCGACCGACGGAAGAUGCGUGUCACGUUGCCAUGGCCUCUGAGCUAGCUCAAACGAACGUACAACUGCAAUCGGAGCAAUUGUGUACAAGUGAGAACAAUGCGAAACAGAGCAGUUCUACGAGAAAGUCCCGGUGGGAUAUCGUUGGGCAGAAUGGGCCAGGGAGUGAAGAGUCUCAGCAGACAAUCUGUGUGAAAAAAUGUGGAUUCUCCCAAGAUCAAAUCGAAAUGAUACAAGCCCCGCAUGAAUCCGAAAGGUCUUCCAUACCUUGGCAGGAGAUGGAAAAGCCAAAGCAGGCAGAUAGUUACGAUCGAGGCGAGUCUUUACGAGGCGGUUUCACCGACCGUGCUCCGAGAACAAACUUCGAACAUUCUCUGUGCGACAAUGAUGCAACGCAGGCUACAAAAAUGGAGAGCUGGAAUGGGAAUGUUCAAGAGAAAUCUGAAGAGAAUACCCCCAAGAAUGAAUCGAAAAAUACAUUCGCCACUCACGAAGCCGGCGGAGGACAGAGCGAGGUCAGUGAUAGUGACAAUUCCGACUACGACUCUGAUUGCGAUGAGGCAAUAAGACGACUGCAUUCUGUAGUCGUCGUGCCGAAGAAUUCGACCGUAACAAGUGACGCACGUGACACUGGAUCGUCCUCCUGCAGUCUGUUAAUCUCCGAAUCCCAUCUUAGUCAUGAAGUGACAAAUGCGAAUAGUCACGGAGUCCAAUAUCAAGUCCGCUCUCAACAAAGACUCGAGGGUAGUUCGUACCGCUCCGGUGCUCUUUGUCAAUCCCAAAGUAAUAUGAUUGACAGCACAAGUCACUUAGAAGGAUCCAACGCGAGUGCUGUCUCGCAGCAGUAUGUGACUUGUCCUCCCAAUGUCCACCAAGGUAUGAGUAAUUUCAGCCUUGUCGGUUCCGGACAUUACGACCAAUUGCGAGGCCAGCGGUACGUUACCAACACUGGUGAACUGAUGCUCGCGCAUUACCAACAUUCUGCCGCCAGCGUCAACGACGGGCGUGGAUUCAACCCAAGCUGGGGGUUUUCCCAGCCGGAACAGCCCAGUAGUACAUAUCAACAACCAGACAGCAGUCAUGGACCAUUGUUACCGCAAUCUAAAGUUUCCGAAAGCUUUCCUAGUCCACAGCAACAUGGACACCACAAUAUCUCUUGGAACCACCAAACCUCAGACAGGCAGAUAAGCGAAACACCCUACCUCCAUGUUUAUCAGGAUCUCGCAGGUGAAAUCCACCCGGACUCACUCACCAGUGACCAUGACGAUUACUGCCGGGCGAAACCAUCCGAUCAAAUCAAAACGACUGUUGACCUGAGUGGACCUCUAGGGGCGUCUUUGGGUUUUGUACAAGCUCACGAAAUAAGCAGCAACAGCAAGGGCCCAGUCGUGCCUGACCCUCCAAGGGAGGACAGCUUAAGGACUCUCAGGAGCAGGGGCCCUCCCAAGAAAAGACGACCGGAGAUCGAGUCCGAUUCGGACAAUGAAGCAGAGGCUGGACCUACCGCCAAGAAGGAACGUCAAGGGGAUACUGAAGAGUCGAAAGAAACUCAAGUCAAAGACGAGGUGGUCCGUCCAUCACUCACUCUGCAGCACUUUCAAGACACCGGCCGGUGGAAAGAAUUUGCCAGGGCAAAGAAGAUGCCCCCUUAUUUUGACCUCAUUGAAGAAAAUCUGUACCUAACCGAACGAAAGAAGAGCAAAUCUCAUCGCGACAUCAAGAGGAUGCAGUGCGAGUGCCCCAUAUUGCCCAAACAGGACCGCUUAAGGGGAAUGCUGGCGUGCGGCGACGACUGUUUAAAUCGUCUCCUGAUGAUCGAAUGCUCGUCGAGGUGCCUGAAUGGACACUAUUGCUCAAAUCGACGCUUUCAAAUGAAGCAGCACGCUGACUUUGAAGUCAUCCUCACCGAAGAGAAGGGUUGGGGUCUUCGUGCAGCUAAGGACCUGCCAUCGAAUACCUUUGUGCUUGAAUACUGCGGGGAAGUGUUGGACCAUAAAGAGUUCAAAAAUCGAGUCAAAGAAUACGCACGCAACAAGAACAUUCACUACUAUUUUAUGGCGCUAAAAAAUAACGAGAUCAUCGACGCAACACUGAAAGGCAAUUGCUCUCGCUUUAUGAAUCACAGCUGCGAGCCCAACUGUGAGACCCAAAAGUGGACAGUCAACGGUCAGCUUCGAGUCGGGUUCUUCACCACCAAGGCGGUCAGUGCAGGAACGGAGCUGACGUUUGACUACCAGUUUCAACGAUACGGGAAAGAAGCCCAGAAGUGCUUUUGCGGAGCUCUCAGCUGCAGGGGUUUCCUGGGAGGGGAGAACAGAGUCAGCGUCCGUGCGGCUGGAGGGAAGAUGAAGAAAGACCGUCCUCGGAAGAAUGCUCUCACCACAGUUGACGAGGAGCUGGAGGCGUUACUAGAGAACGGGGAAGGGCUCUAUGAUGGGAAACAAGUGGUGUCUCUGUGCAGGCUUAUGGUCCGCGUGGAAAACAUGGAGCAGAAACUCACCUGUCUCAAGCUCAUAUAUGAUACGCAGAAUCCGUCAUGCUUGAAACAGUUCUUGGAUCAUCACGGCUUGUCUUUGCUUUGGAUUUUUAUGGUGGAGAUUUCAGAAGCAAAGGGCAACAGUGCCAAUAACAUCAAACUGCAAUCCGAGAUUAUGAAGACCUUGGCUGUCUUACCCAUCUCCACUAAGAACAUGCUGGAAGAGAGUAAAGUUCUAACCUUCAUUCAGCGAUGGGCCCAAACCAAAACACUCCCUCAGCCCACGGAGAUCGACGGUUACUCCAGUGAGAACACUUCCCGUGCUCAGACCCCCCUCAACACCCCUGAUGGUUCUUCCGCCAAAUUGGGACCAGAAUCUGACAGAGACCCUUCCAAGCCUGCUGUGGACCGCCGCCUUAAAAUCAUCAGUGAAAACAGUCUGGACAGUGCGCUCUCUGAUGCCAGCAAAGCGUCUGAUGGCAAGGAUGAGGAAGAGGAGGAGGAGGAGGAAGAUGAUGAUGAAGAGGAAGAAUCUGCUCAAAGUACGCUGGCUGAUGACAGACAACAUAAAGUAGACGCUGUCAUCGAAGCUGCUGUUGUCGUGAAAGAAGCUCCAGAAGAGGAGAUGAAAGACGUCAAAGUGCAGGAACAGGAAGAGACAGAAAUAGCUUCGGAAAGUCUGGAACAAAUUCCUGUUGAAGAGGUCAAAGACCAAAUUGUGUUGGAGGAGAACCCCUCUGAGGUCAAAGUGGACGUGGAUGAACCCAAGAAGGAACUUGAGGUUUCUGACAAACCUAGUGGAGAAGAUCUCACCAUCCAGGAACCAACACAAAUGAGCGAAGUGGAAGGUGACCAGCCUACAGUUGAGAUUCAGGACCCAAACAUCGAGUCCGUUCAAAUGGAUAUUUCUCAGGCUCCAACUGAGCAGCUCGUAGAAGAGACAGUCGUGGUCAAGACAGAACCACCGGAGGCUGAAAAUCCUCCUCCUGGCCCAGAGGCCCAACUGGAUGAACCCGUACCCGUCGCUCCGCCAAGCUCUGACACCCCCGAGGUCAGUUUGCCCGCUGAAGACGCACCAGUACCGACAGAUCCAUCAGCCAUAGAAACGCCUUCUCAGGAUGAAGAGGAAGGCGUUUCUGAUGUGGAGAGCGAGCGGAGUCAAGAACCCCAAGUCAGUGCUUUGGACAUUGGCAGCAUGGCGGCCAGGCUGUUGGAAAGCUGGAAGGAUCUCAAGGAGGUGUACAGAAUACCAAAGAAGAGUCAGGUAGAAAAGGAAGCCAAUGAUCGCAGUCGAGACCGUGACACAACUUUGACCCCGCGCAACACCUCCGGUAGUCGAGAGCGUGAAAGGGAGCGUGAAAAGGAUCGCGACAGGGACAGAGACCAUGACCGGGAUUGGGAAAGGGACAGGGACAGGGAGCGAGACAGGGAUUGGGAGAGAGAAAGGGAUCGGGACCGGGACAGAGACCGAGAUCGUGACAGGGAGCGCGAUCGAGACAAAACACCGCGCAGCACUGAGAGACGGCGGCGACGGUCCACAUCUCCGCCUUCCUCUUAUGAGCGGAGCAGCCGGCGCACCGAGGACCGGUUUGACCCGUCCAAGACACCGAGAGGAGUUGGCAGCAAAGAGCGCAACAAGUUGUCCACGGAGGAACGCAGGAAGCUGUUUGAGCAGGAGGUUGCUCAGCGGGAAGCCCAGAAGCAGCAACAGCAACUUCAGCAGCAGCAGCAGCAGCAGCAGCAGCAGCAGCAACAGCAGCAGCAGCAGCAGCAGCAGCUCCAACCUAUGACCUAUGACCCCGCCUUGGCCUAUGCCUCCACUUCUGGCUUCAUCACCUACCCACCUGGUUACCCUCUCCAUACAUUUGUGGACCCCACCAACCCCAACGCAGGCAAAGUACUACUACCCACCCCUACAGCUGACCCCAACAUGACCUAUGAGCAGACUCCUCCCCAAAGACUUGUCUCAGAGCUUGGGCUUCCCUCACCUUCAUCCACUUCACAAGCCACUCCUGUUUCCACUAUCUCUCAGCACAUCACCACGGCCAACCACACGCCUGCAGACACCCAGCAGUUUGCCCAGCCCGCUGACGCCGCCCAGGACUCGAGAGUGUCUGUCCUCUCCGUGCCCGCCCAGACGACACCCCAGGUCCAGAGCCAGCAGGGCUACGCCACUCUGUGGGACCCCGCCACCCAGCAGGCAGUGACGGUGCAGACGCAGCCGGCGCAGCAGUACGCCUCGGCCCCGGCGCAGGGCGCCGCCACCCAAACGGCCAUCUACUACCAAGGCCAGCCGUGCCAAACCAUCUACAGCAUCCCCACCGCGUACCCUCAGACCAACACACCAGUCAUACAGGCGUAUUCUGACCCCUCGGCCAGCUACUUGCAUGGCCAGACUGUGUAUCCCGGCCAUCAGCAGGGCGUGGUGGUGCAGCAGGGUGGCACAGUCACCACCAUCGUUACCUCUCAAACGGUCCAGCAGGAAAUGAUCGUACCCAACAAUGUGAUAGAUCUGCCUCCUCCCUCUCCCCCAAAACCCAAAACCAUCAUCCUACCCCCUAACUGGAAAGUGGCACGGGACCCCGAAGGAAAAAUCUACUAUUACCACAUUACCACAAGGCAAACUCAGUGGGAUCCUCCAACCUGGGAUGGAAGCAGCGAAACCAAUCUGGACCAUGACUCCGAGAUGGAUCUGGGCACACCCACUUAUGAUGAAAAUCCUUCCAAGUUCUCAACCAAAACAGCUGAAGCAGACACUUCCAGCGAAUUGGCGAAAAAAAGUAAAGAGACAUUCCGUAAAGAGAUGUCCCAGUUUAUCGUGCAAUGUUUGAAUCCUUAUCGGAAGCCGGAUUGCAAACAUGGCCGCAUCAGCAACACGGAAGACUUCAAACAUCUGGCAAGAAAGCUAACCCACGGCGUCAUGAACAAAGAACUCAAGGCGUGCACCAACCCCGAGGACCUAGACUGCAACGAAAACGUCAAGCACAAGACCAAGGAGUACAUUAAGAAGUACAUGCAGAGGUUCGGUGCCGUCUAUAAACCCAAGGAGGACACGGACGUCUACUGAGCGCACGCGUUUGCCUAACCCCCCACCCCCCCACCCACCUACGCUUUAUUUAUGAUCCUCCAUUGAAGACAAGACAGGGGUUCCCCAUACAAUCCCCAAGAACCGACUUUGCCUUUUAUUUCAUUUUUGUGGUUUUUUUAUACGGCUGUGAAUCAAGAACAAGCCAACGUUUUUUGUUCCUUUGACACUUUCCACUGUUGAAGAUGGAUCAAUGAACAGUCUGCUUCAUUUUCUGGUGCUGCUUUUUAUCCGCGGAGGUCUAAGCUUCCACUCGUCAAAACGCCUGCGGGACUUUUGAGAGCCGCUUGGGUCCACUCCGGGGUCCGCGAUGUGUGCUGGUCAUCCAUAUCUCGUUCAUUGCGUCUUUUUUAGUCGUCGGUUACGACGUCGGGAGCACGGUUUGAUUGCUAAGUUUGAUGUGCCACCCCCCUCCUCAUCCACUUCCUCUUCUACCUGGACUCACACAGAAGAGUGUAGCAUUGCAGUUUUAACUGAUCCACGUGAGUUUUUAACGAAGGAACUCGGCCUUUUUAUUCAACACCCCCCCCCCCUCAUCCCUUUAUUGUCUCACAAACCAUCGCAGCCUGUUGCAUUAAUUGUUAAUAUAUUAAAUAGUAGUUUUGGGAAUGUUUAAAUUAACAGCAAACUUUGUAAAAUGACUAUCAUUUCAUGGUUCUCAAGUGUAAAUAUGUUAUAUUAUUACCAAAUAUGUAUGCAGGAGCCACAAGUGACCAGCUCGAUCCUUACUUACAUCAUGACUUCUUAUCCUUGCUGGCUCUUGUCAAUGUAGGGCGACAAUUUUUUUUUUUUUUUUUUUUUUUUUUAAAUUGUACAAAGUAAUUUUCACCCUACUCAACUGUAAGUAUUGUGGAAGCACAUUGUCAUACCGAGUGUACAAACAUUUUAAAAGAAAAUAAAACAGUUUCUUUUGUACACAUUUUGUUGAGAUUUAUAAUAUAUUAUAAGUUAUCAUAUGCUAUGAAUUAUUAACCUAUUCUAUGAAUAAAUUAAUGAAUAGACUUAGACUAAAUAAUAUGAGUAUAAAAGGGUUGGUUUUUUGGAAGCGAAAGGAAAAAAGAUCAUUAACAGAUUGUAGCUGUGUGAAACUUUUCUCCACUUUUUUUAUUACAGCUUUAUUAAAAACCCACUCUUCCCCCCUCAGGGUUCUCUUUGGAUAGGAAAUGUUCUGAUGCACUUAAGCCCCUUGCUAUGAGGCAGCACAGUCCAUAAAGGUCUGGAUUUAACCCAACCCCUCCUCACUAUGUAAUCCAUCAAAUGAGAGUGACUGACAGAGUCCAGGAUUGCAGGCUGAAGGCCAACUCAACAAUCACUUUCUCAUAUCCAAGAAGGUCAGCAAAGCAAAUGAAGGAGAAGCUGCUGGCUGAAGGACAAGAACAAAACACUGAAAUAUUCAGCAAGUGCCAAAAAGAGACUAACUCUAAAGCCAGCAAUCGAAACAAAGUCACUCAACCUUACUGGGCCUGUUGAUUCACCUGCAAGUAUUAGAUUGGACACCUGCUUAUUAUUACAAGAGCUCUAGCAACAAUAGAAAAAGAAAUAUAUUUGGUAACUUGAGGUCAAAGGUCAUGUCCAAACAAAGUCAUCAACAGUCUUUGCCGGUACCGAGAACCAGUCCUUAAGUCGCAAGACUGACUUCAAGUAGUGGGAAAAUGAAGCUUCAAAGUUGCUUCAUGAAGCAGUUUUUGUAUUCUUUUUUUUUUUACUCCUCUAGAUGGCACUCUCUGCUCAACAUUGGUCUUAAAGUACACUGACUUGCCAUUUUUUAAAUAUCUUUAUUGAAAUGUGAGUGCUAUGUAGAAGGGUAAAAAAAAAUGCAACUGGUUCAGGAAGUAAAUGUGAAGCUUCAUUUUCUCAGGUUUGGAAUUAUUGAGGGGGGGAAAAGUUAAAUUAUUUUUCAAACUAGUUCAACAUGAUUUCUACAAAUCCCAAAAAAAUAUUGCUGAAUUAAUAUCUCAAAGACUGAAUUGCAGCAUUUUAAAUCUAAUUUGUAUUGCUUAUACUUCACUUACAUUUACAGUUUUUAAAAAAAACAAGCGUUAAAUAUUAUUACAAAUUAUUUAUUCAUUAAAUGACACCAAACAAAAAGGCACAGUAAGAUGAACUAUAUACACAAAACAAUACCGUACAUGAAUUAAAAAAAUGACCGACUGACGUUGCAUACGCAGACAAGAGUAGUGUGGGAGGAUUCAAACUCGAAAUGGUAAUAAAAUAAAUACAGAAAGUGAAAAGGGAAAAAAUGUUCAGUCGUAAUGUAAUCCCAUUUCAUCAAUUCUCAUAAUGUGAACCGCGCUGCGGGUAUUUACAAUCACAGCGAGGAAGAGCUCAAAGAAAUGUUAAACUGCCUCAUUCCUAAUAUUUUCUCCUUUUGAAGAAAUACCAACAAUGAACAAAAAACAAUAAAACAUGGUCACGCACAGAUAAGAACAUUUUAAGUGUUUUAUGUCAACAGUGAUCCUCUUUAUGCAUGCAAACUAGUUUUCAGACUUUGUGAGAAAUUCUAAUCAUUGACUACAAAUCUUUUAAAGGCCAAGACUUAAAAUAGCCUCAAAAAAAAAAUCCCUAGAAUAUCACAAAUAAAUCAAUUGUCCACAUUAUCUGUCCUGAUUGUAGAUAUGUUGUGUGGCCUGUGGAUGUUAUUAUAAGUGAUACAAAAAAAAAAAAAGAGUUCAUAGACCACUGGACUGAUUAUUAGGAUUUGGCUGAUGAAGGCACUUGUGGAGAUAAAA